GGUCUGUUGGAACAUUCAGCAGGUCAGGCAAAAACAUCAUAUCAAGAACCAUGUGUCUCCGUUUCUGCUUCUGUUUCCUGCUCAUUGCCUAUAUUAAAAUCAACUCAUGCCAGGCAUUGGAAGUGGCAGAUGGUGGGAUAAGGCUGUGUGGAAGAGAUUUCAUUCGGACCGUUGUUAUGUCAUGUGGAGGAUCCCGGUGGAAGAGAUAUUCACCUGAGCCUGGGCAAGAAAGGCUUAACCCUUACCAUGAUUUCCUGGACUGGUUGAAUAGAGACACCUUUGAGGAUCCUGACCGUCUGAAUUCAGUUUAUGGAGAUACCCAUAGAGCUGCAAAUACUCCCUAUUCCUCCCUGCAGAAGAAUGAUCCAACUCUGGAACAGUUGCAAGGUGCCCUAUAUGAUCCUAUAGCAAAUGAAGAACAGCAAGGUGUUGGUCUGCGGAUGAAGAGAAGUGCAGGACCUGCUUUAUCCUGCUGUCAAAGAGGCUGUACCAAGACUGAACUUAUGAAGUUCUGUUAAUGUGGCUUUCAUGCAGUACAUAUUUACACUGAGUAUAAAGCACUUUGCCAUCUCUGUUAAGAUCUGAUUUUCUAUUCUUAAAGGGCAUCUGAAAGCAGGGUUGCCCAUAUUAACCUACUGGUACUGGGUGAUGCUGAUCACAAUUAUGUUUUUUUUCUUCUACAUCGUGCAGUUAGGGAAAUAUGGACAAAAAUUUGAACAUGCAAAUGAGUUUGUUAGGUGCUCCGGGGGUGUUCCGUAAACCCUAAUUGCACUGUUAUGCCCAAUGGCAGAUCCUGUAAGAAAUCCCCCUAAUAAAUAUGCAUAAGCGUCCUCAGCAGUGACGUAGCUGCUAUGUGCUGUGAGAUCCCGCGUUUGCAGAUGAAAAUGUUUAUGCAUACCUAUUACGGGGUGUUCAUACUAGACCAGCUGGAUGGGCAUAGCAGUGCACUUAGAGGCUAGGAAAUGCCCCCAGUGCUCCAAACCUACUCAUUUACCUAUUACUUUAUUUCUCCAUAAUGGCGCAACAAAGGCAUCAUUAUGCCUGUACUGUCACCCAAUACUAGCAAGUUAGCAUGGGUGACCCUGCUGUAAGAUUCCUUUUAAAGGGGUGUUCUGGACUAUCACUUUAAUGAGAACUCUGUUGCAGAAACCCAGCCCAGCCACUACACAAUAAAUAGGGCCUGUGACAUGGAAGGAAACUACUUCCGAAGAUCUUCUCACUGCCAUAUAAAUGCUUAAAUGAGCCUAUUAAAUGAGCCUAAACAAUUUACAGUAUAACCACACACAUACAUUUGUUGACAUAAUCUCUGGUACUCUCCUAUUCAUCCAUAUAAGAACUUGCAGAAAUUCAAGCACAUGUUGCAGAAACAACCCCUUUCACAUGUAUGAAAUUUCUGCAACAAAUCUUCUGUGUGAACUUAAUGGAAACGCGUCAUCACUUUCGUGCUGCCUGAACCACUAGUCAUCUUGGUGGUCUCAGUGGCUUCUACUUGCCCCACCAGUCUUGAUAGAUCGCUCCCUAUACAAAGAGAGAUCUAUCAAUCAAGGCCGAUGGGGUAGGAGGAGGCUGCCAGGGACCACCCUGAUAACUCAUUGUUCAGGCAGUAUAGAACUGAUGUCAGGUUCCAUUUAAUGCUGCUCACUAUGCACCAAGAUGACCAGGAAUUGAGUCAAUAAUAGUUAAACCUAAUUUUUAUGUUCAACUAAAAUGUGUUGCCCAAACAGAUUGAGGACAAUAUUAAAAUUGCAAGAGUUCAUUGUCAGAUAUUGGAAAAACUGAUGCUGUUUGGAAGAACAGUUUGUACAUGUAAGAUCACAUUAGACUACAAUAAGAUCAGGAGGAAACAACUCUUCUUCUAGUCAUAAGGUUUAAACGUGAGUCCCGCUUCAUAUUACAGUACACACCUUUAUUUUACAGUUCAGAUCUGAAUUAAUUUAGAAGCCUUUACAGAGUUUCAUAAAAAUGUAAAUCACCCAAUUGAUUUUCCCAAAGAAAAUGUAUUUUUGCUUUCCUGUACUCCAUGUAUCCUGUUUCUCUUCCUUUAUUCAUCUAUAACUAAGUCCUAACAUAAUACAGCACAUGAAAUAAAGACUGCAUAGAACUAGAA